AGAAUUCAAGAAAUAUUCACCCGCCGGUACAAAAUCAUCAUCAUUCUGGUCCUCACCUCGGCUUGGAAACUAUACAACGUCAGGUUUUCAGUACAAAUGAAGAACUGGUAACAUCGGAGCAGUGACCACAGCAUUUAUGAUUCAGAGUAUAAAGAUUUAUUCAUUAAAUGCACACAUCACAAUAGGCAUGCUUGGGAAAAACAAAGCUUAACUAUGACUACUAUUAUGCUAUUGUAUUGGCUUAUCCUUCUAUUCAACUAGGGGUUUAAUAAGACUAUUAUAAUAUUUUGAAAAAUAUCUGAAUAAACUUAUUGGCCUUACUUAAUAUAAUUUAAUAAUAAUUAUAUUAAAAAGUUAUUUUAAUUCCUGCUCUUGUUUUUCUCAAUCAACCGUCACAAACAAAUUCUAGCCAGGGCCGGAUUAAGAACGUCGGGGCCCCUAGGAUAUGCACAUAUUGGAGCCCCUUUACAUUUCCUGACAUCCCAUUUCUUUUAACCACAACCUUAUUGACAAACUUCAAAAAAGAAGAUUAUAUAUUUUGCGACUAUGAAUAUAAUAUGUAUGACUGCGAUUAUUUCAAUAACUACUGAUCCUAUUUGGAUGGGGUUCUCAAUGGUUUUAAAUGUAUAUUCUUCAGAGAAGAGAUAUACACAUUAUUGGGAUCUGAUGAAGAACUAUGGAGAUAGACUAUGAAACUGUUCAAUAAAUAUAAUAUUAUGUAAAUGUGAUCAUAUCUAUGUAUUAUUCUAAAAACAGCUAAAAUUUAAAACUUAAACAGAAAAUAAAACCAACUUCAUAAACUACUACUAACACUAUGUAAAAAAUCACGAUUGCAUGUAAUUAUCGUAGGGGCGUGGGCUAGAAACUACGGCGGCGUGCCGUAUCGACCGAAUGAGUGGUAGAUCAAGCUAUCCUUGCAUUCGCGUUCCGCCGCACACCGAUUACUCCUAAAGCAAUCCAUUUACCACUUGCGUCAUGUGAGAAAUAUAAUUUAGGCAUUUUAUUGGCUGUUGUUAUAUACUAUUACUUACAGUACCUAGUUUUUGUUUUUGUAAUGUAUCUCGUUCUAUUAAUUUAGUUUUUGGUAUUCAGGUUUUAUUUGCCUUAUUUUUAAAAAGCGGGUUAUAGGUAGGUAAUGUCGUCUUAAAUGCACAAUCCAUGAAAUAAUCUGCCAUGAAGAUGUCAAUAUUUGAUGUUUUUAUGAAAUUAAAUUAAAGAGUGGUAUGGAAGCAGUAAAAUGGGCUCAAUUUAAGAAUUAAAUGAAGAUGACAGUUAUAACUAUGGAUAUUUUUUAGUUAUUUAAUUAAAUAAUAAUUAUAUUUUGUUUCUAGUUUAUUAAUCACUUCCGUUUUCUAUUAUAUUCAAGUUUUGAAUUUUCCGUUGGAAAAUAGUUCUCACCGGUAAGUGUGAAUAUACAUACAAUAGUUUUCGCAUUGCUUUGCGGUAUAAAAGCUGAUCCUGCGCUGCAGUACAUGUUAACCCAAUUGGUCAGGGUUAAAAACGCUGCGAAAAAAUAAAUUACGAUUAUUCUUUAAUAACUUUAAAUAAGUUCCAAAACGUACGAAAAUAUAACUAAAAGAUAAUUAAGGCAAUAAUAUUGUGAUUGGUUAGCGGUCUUAUUAAAUAAAAUAAGUAAUUUACUUUACCUUUCUCGGUGCGUGGCCCCUGAUGUCGAGCCCCUAGGCAGUUGCCUAAUUUGCCUUAGAGCUUAUCCGGUCCUGUUUUAGCUAACGAUUUGUGUAUGUGUUAUCAAAAUUUAUUUGGUUACAGCUUUAGUUUGAACACAAUAAUAUCUAUUUUUAAUCAGUAACACGAAAUUAAAACCAGUUUUAAAUUGAUUGAAUAUAAGAAUUUAGUUUUAUUUUAGUGUGUGUGUGUGUAUCCUAUAUUAUUUGAUGGCGCUGUUCACUGCUAUUAAUAUAAUAAAUACUAGUAAAUAACCUGCCUCUUAAUUUAGGUAAUAUGUUAAUAUAUUUAUUGUGUUAUAAUAAAAGGUGAGGCUAUUGUUUACUAAAAUUUAAAAUCACUUAAAUAUACUCGCACUAUCCAUCAAUAUAACAUUCAAGCAAUGAUUUCUUAUUAUUCUUCGGUAUAAAUAAUAUCCUACCUUAAUCAAUGAAAUGUCAACAGCAGCAAAAUAAGCUACUUUCUUUCUAUUUUAAGUAGAAAAUGAUUGGACUAGGAUUUUCUGUAUAUGUAACCGGUCUUGUAACCGACGUUUGACGGCACCAGCAGUAAAUCAACGGGGUAUAAAACUUUGUAAAGAUUUUUCGAACCUUGAUAACCCGCACCUGCACGUUUGAUGAGUGUUUCAUUUGUCCCAUGUCUGUACCGGAUGCGCAGGCGUCGCACAACUCCCCCUACCACGUCCACCCCUACCCGGCCCCAGUACCCGUGCAACAGGCUUUCCAAUCACAGGAAGCAAAUAUGUUCCACCCAAAAGGGCUUAGGCCGCAUCAAGAUACCCGAGAGGGCCCUGUACUGGGGCGGGCACUGUGUCUAACUUCUAAAGACAGCCCAGUGCCAGGCCGUGUGUCUCAUCUGAACGAAAAGUUCCAGGAUUCAGUCACGAUGUUCUCUGACACGGACGAGCUCGUCGCGAGGAUCAGCUCCAUGUUCCCCACAGUCAGCCACACACACAUAAGGAUCUUGCUGAAGAAGUACUACAAUCGAGAGGCAGUAGUUAUCAGUGCCCUGCAAGUGGAGAAGCAUCCGAUCGCAACCCCAGGUCCCUUGACCAUGUCUCCUUCGGCCGCCAGGCUGCAUAUGGGCGUAGCGGAAAGCCUCGCGGCGAUGCAUCCUCCCAUUGCGUACCCCGGGUCGUCGGACUCCGGCCGCUUCUCGCCAAGACAAGAUAUGAUGCAAGCGGCCUUAGCGUACUACAGGAGUGCGCGGCCGCGGCACCCCGAGCAGCAGACGACAACUAGGCACUCCUCCCCCAAGAUGAAGCUGAAGUACUUAAAAAGCGUGUUCCCGAAAGCGGACGAGACAUUCAUUCUGGAGGUGCUCGCCAAGAACGACAACAGCGUACAGAUGGCUGGCCAGGACUUGGAGGCGAUGGGGUACGUGAAGAAGGACAAUAUGCAGCAGAAGAAGAAGGAGCCCACGCCGCAACCAGUGAAAAAGGUCGUGUUGAUGCGAACGCUUGAGGACAGGCAGCUGGUGUUCGAGAAGCUACACAGGAAGUACUGGUCGGUGCCGGAGAAAUUGGUCAUGAUUGCGCUGGAGUCCGUGGAGUAUAACGAGGAGAGGGCCGACAACAUCCUCUCGAUGAUACUGCAGGAAUACACCUCGCCGAUGAUCAGGCCGGAGGCGGAGUCCAGGGCGCGUGUGGAGGAGCUGCCCGGCGGGCCAAUUGCGAACAUCAAUGUCCAGCCAGAGGUCAAUAAUUACCAAUCGAUGUACUCUAACGUCGCGGCUGGACCAAAUCCCGCGAUGCGCCAGGGCCCUCAGGAUGAACUGCUGUUGGAGGACUACAUGCCAUGGAAUGGACCAAAUCCGGAACUCCGCAUGGGCCAAGCUGCCAGGCCCGCCGGUGCGUUACAUCAGCAGGGUAAUCAGUUGCCGCUGGCUCGCGGGCCUUCUGGAAUCGCCCGGGGACCAUCUGGUCUUGCUCAGGGCCCAUCGGGGGUAGCCCAGGGCCCCUCGGGACUUGCUCAGGGCUCGAUGUACCGCAAUCGCAAUUAAAUGAACCAGCGGGCGGACACAGAAUCCGAGACUUGUCACAUUCGCCUUUUUUGUUGUUCCGGUGCUAUUUAUCGGUCAGAAGACAGCGACAGUGUCUCGGCUACCCUUAUUCCCUAGCCGAUCAACAUCAUAGCCUAGUGUCAUGUCCAGUUACCUGGAUAAAAAAGGCUGACAAAUAUGAUUGGUGUCAUCUGUCGCUUAUAACACUAAUAAUGGCGCUUAUAAUCCCUAGCGUCGCUGCAGCGCCGGCUGUUUCUGAUUAUUUAGUAAAUUUUAGGUUAGAUAUUUUGUCUUAUGAUCUCAUUUGAUUCGUCCAUAUUUUACAUGUAAAAAUGUUGGUUAGUUUUUAUGUAAAUAUGUUGUAUAAUUUGUGCUCAAUAUUUAGAAUUAAUAGGCGGGUUUCGGUUUAAUUUGUGGAAAAUAACACCUGCCCACUUUAUUGUUUUACCUGUGAUAUUUUUUUUACAAGAAGUUCAAUGAUUUGGUGUUGAUUUGAAUGUCAAACUUGUUUGUGAAUGUUUAGGUUAAAGUUAUGGUUAGUAAGAGAAGUAAGGUCAGGUGGGGCAAGUGCGCCGACGGGGUAAGUGCACCUACCCUAAAAAAAUCGAGAACUAUUGAUG